AAGAGCCUCCUCUUCUCCUCUACCAAGUCCUCAGCUGUGUAAGUAAAGAUGUGUGAUGAGGAAGAAACCACCGCGUUGGUGUGUGAUAACGGCUCUGGAUUAGUUAAAGCUGGAUUUGCUGGUGAUGAUGCUCCCAGAGCUGUCUUCCCCUCCAUCGUUGGCAGACCUCGCCAUCAGGGUGUGAUGGUGGGCAUGGGUCAGAAGGACAGCUAUGUAGGUGAUGAAGCUCAAAGCAAAAGAGGCAUUCUGACCCUCAAAUACCCCAUUGAGCAUGGCAUCAUUACCAACUGGGAUGACAUGGAGAAGAUUUGGCAUCACACGUUCUACAACGAGCUACGAGUGGCUCCUGAGGAACAUCCAGUCCUACUCACUGAAGCUCCUCUCAACCCCAAAGCCAACCGAGAGAAGAUGACACAGGUGAGUAAUACAAGCUUUUUAAACCCGUCUUUCUCUCUCUCUCUCUCUCUCAUUCUC